UACGAGGGGCUGUGGAUGUCGUGCGCCAUGCAGAGCACAGGGCAGAUCCAGUGCAAGGUGUACGACUCGCUGCUCAAGCUGGAGGGCAGUCUGCAGGCCACUCGGGCUUUGAUGGUGGCUGCAAUACUCCUGGGCCUUGUUGGUCUGUUUGUUGCUGUGACUGGCAUGAAAUGCAUGAAGUGCAUGGAAGAUGACCAGGUGAAGAAGAUGAGGAUGGCUGUCUUCGGUGGGGUGAUCUUCAUCGUCUCAGGUUUGGCAGCACUGGUGGCCACGUCGUGGUAUGGCAACAGAGUGGCUCGGGCCUUUUAUGACCCUUUCACUCCCGUCAACACCAGAUUUGAGUUUGGAUCAGCUCUCUUCAUAGGCUGGGCAGCUGCUUCUCUGGCCAUACUGGGGGGAGCCUUCCUCUGCUGCUCCUGUCCGCGGAGAGAAACUUCAUAUCCACCCACCCGAGGCUAUCCAAAAAAUGCCCCCUCCACAGGGAAGGAUUAUGUAUAAUGAAACAAAGAAGAGAGGCCACCAGCACUGGUAAUGGAAGCAUUUUGGAGAGGACACUACAAUGCCACUGUCCUGAGCAGAGUUCAGACUCUAGGUUCUGCCUUCCUCUUCUCCCAAAAAUGUGUAUAUUUUUGUAAUCCUCUUUGCUACUGGACAUAACUUCUCCUUUCUCUCCCAGCCCAUGGAGGAAGGCUAACCUAGGCUCAUAGGUAUUGCCACUGGAAAAAUGAAGCCUCCAAGCUUGGGUUUAGUAUCUGGGAGUAAAAGGGAAAAAAUGAUACUUUUUUUAGAUGGAUGUUGGUGCUUUUUUUUAGUUUUUUAAAAAAAUAGAUGGUAACAAUUCAGUCCCAUAUCCCAUUAAGUUAGAGCCCAGUGUGGUGUGUGUAGAAAUUAAAGGAACAUAUAUUAUAUAAAGUGAUGAAAACAAUAUCUUAAGGGGAAACAUAAUUUUAGGGAAAAGACAUGUAGGAAUGUUUGGAGAGAUCUGAAACAGCUCUUGUACUGUCUUAUU